AUGGGUGUAUUCAAAACUUUGUUCUUGUUGUUUGCGUCUCAGGCGUUGGCCGCGCCUGUAGAUGGCCAAGAGGGCACAAAGAAUGCCGCCGGCCAGAAUGGCAUCCUGCACCUACCUUUGGUCCACUUCGCAAAAGAAGUCGAUGCCAGAGAUAUUGAGAAGCGUGGAUUCUCGACUCCCCUUGACUAUUUCAAAUAUGAUGGAGAGAGAGCAGUCACGGCUGUAGGCAUCGUUUUAGACGUCGGGACACCGCCGCAAAAGGUCAUCUUAGAACCAGACACCGGAUCGUCCAAGUUUUGGCUACUCGGUUUAAAGCCUGGCGAUACUCGCGGGAAUGGUCCGUCUGUUUAUUUUGAUCAAAAACAAAGCCAGUCUUUGCAAGACUUGAACAAAGAGGAUGGGGCUAGUUAUGGUUCAGGCGAGCGUGUUACUUAUAAUAUGGUUACUGAUAAAGUCUCUUUUGAAGUCGUGCUGGACAAAGGGGACCUUGAAAACGGCAAGCCGUUAACUAUGGGCAUAGAUUCCGGAGCCCCAGCUUUCGGGGUUUCUGGGGCACUGGGGAGACUCCUUAUGCCCAGGACGGGGGCGAAUUUUAAACUCAAGCCCCGAGUUCUCGAGUUCGGAUGCGAUGUAGUCGACGCCAAAGCUUCGUUUGAUUUCAAGAUGAGUGAUAAGACGGUCAUUUCGAUCCCUCUUUCGGAUUUACUUUGGAGCCGAAUUGACAAUGGCAAAACUUGCCAAUUGGCUGUUCAAGGCUGGAAUGGUGAUGCUGCUGACCUUUGGAUUGGCGGACACUUUUUACGCAGGUCUCUGGUUGUCUAUGAUCCAGAUAAUAAAAACGUCUACGUCGCUCGAGGGGCGGAUUGUGGCUCGAACCUUGUGGCUAUUGAUGGUAAAAUGCCAGACGAUGCGGUAAUCGGCGAGUGUAAGGAAGAGGCUCCGGACUCUAACGCACCAACGGACGAGCCUCCAAAUACGACCCCGGUCCUCGAAGAGGCUGAUAUUCGAGAUGCCUGA